AUUGACGUCAAUUGCAAGCAAAUAUGGCUGACAUGUAAGCGCUUUCUUUGAGUGCGUUGCAGAAAGUAACUUUAUUUCGUAAAUGUGUUGUUACAAUUUUUACUAAAUGUUAAAAAAAGAAGUCUGUUGUUCGAGUAGUGCAAAUUAGAGUUUAUACAUCAGGCAGUGAAAAAUAUACAACAUGGCAUUGUGGGCUAAGGCACAGCAACUCCCUGCCGAUAGUAUUCAUUUGCAACAAAUAAGAGGCAUAUAUGGGGAACACUUUCCCAUAGAGGUUAGGCAUUACCUAGCCCAAUUUAUCGAAGAAAAAUUCUGGUCCAAUAUAGACCCUGUCUCCGAUAAUCCCAGCUACGAACAAUAUGUGGCAACACUGGUAAAUCAGCUAAUACAGGAGAUAGAAAAUAAAGCUGAAGGAUCCACGGAUUCUUCAGAGUAUUUCCUAACCAAACUGAAAUUAGCCGAGGCUGCCAAAUUAUUUAGAGAACGUUACAGCUCGAACCCGCUGCAGUUGUUCAACUUUAUCCGGCAGUGUCUGGCCACGGAAAUGAAAUUUCUGCAGGCGGCCGGCGCCGAUUUUUUGGGAAUGGGGCCCACGUUGCCGCUGUCCAACUCUGCCGCCGAAGUCCUACACAAAUUGGACGAUUUAAGGAGGCGCACUCAGUCUACUGCUGAAGAUGCUCGAAAACUGGAACAGGAUCAGGAAGCCUUUGCUUUGCAGUACCACGAAUGUACAAAAGUUAAUGCACAUAUCCAACAACUGGUUAGUCAAGGCACGGCUCAAGAUCAACAAGCCACUUACAUAAAACGAAAGGAAAUGCUGGAAUUAGAUUUAAAUCGCCGGGUUGCCGCUCUAAUGGAACUGAGGUUAAAAUUAACCGAAAAAUACAAACAAAUUUAUCAAGUACUACAUCAAUUACAAAGUCAGAUAAUCGACGACGAGCUAAUUCGGUGGAAGCGCGACCAGCAAUUAGCCGGAAACGGAGUACCUUUCACCAGUAAUCUGGACCAAAUCCAAGACUGGUGCGAAAGCUUGGCAGAAAUAAUAUGGCACAGCAGACAGCAAAUUAAAGAGGUGGAAAGGCUUAAACAAAAAUUGGCACUCGAUCCACCAGGAGUGGUCGAUGUUUUGCCAUCGCUUUUAACCGAAAUCACCCAGCUGCUAUCUUCGCUCGUAACUUCGACUUUUAUCAUCGAGAAACAACCACCACAAGUCAUGAAAACCAACACAAGAUUUACAGCAACUGUUCGCCUGUUGGUUGGUGGUAAGCUAAAUGUACACAUGACCCCUCCCCAAGUUAAGGUUACCAUCAUAUCCGAAUCGCAAGCUAAUCUUUUACUGAAAAAUGACAAAUUGAUCAAGGGCGGUGACAGUUCAGGAGAAAUAUUAAAUAACACAGGUACAAUGGAGUAUCAGCAAACAACCAGACAACUCUCUGUAAGUUUCCGAAAUAUGCAACUGAAGAAAAUCAAGAGAGCAGAAAAGAAAGGCACUGAGAGUGUGAUGGAUGAGAAGUUUUCAUUAUUUUUCCAGUCUCAGUUCAGUGUUGGGGGUGGAGAAUUAAUGUUCCAGGUGUGGACUCUUAGUUUGCCUGUAGUCGUUAUCGUUCACGGCAAUCAAGAGCCCCACGCUUGGGCCACAAUAACGUGGGACAACGCAUUCAGUGAGCCAGGAAGGUGCCCGUUUCAAGUACCAGACAAAGUUCCAUGGGGUAAAGUGAAAGAGACGUUGUCUCAGAAGUUCAAAUGGGCCACUGGACGCGGUUUGACCGAAGAUAAUCUGCGUUUCCUCGCUGAGAAAGCUUUCCGUGGAAACUACAGUGAGUCAAGCAACUGUAUGCUCAGUUGGGCACAGUUCUGCAAGGAACCACUGAGCGACAGAAAUUUUACUUUCUGGGAAUGGUUCUUUGCAAUAAUGAAAUUGACCAGAGAACAUUUGAGAGGACCAUGGGUUGAUGGCGCCAUUAUGGGUUUCGUGAAGAAGAAACAGGCCGAGGAAAUGCUUUCUACUUGCCAAGCUGGUACUUUCCUUCUAAGAUUUUCAGACAGUGAAUUAGGUGGCAUUACUAUAGCGUGGGUUUCCGAUACACAGGAGGUGUUCAGUUUGCAGCCGUUUACCUCUAAGGACUUUUCGGUGCGAUCCCUUGCGGACAGAAUUGCCGACUUGGGCCAUUUGGUGACGUUGUAUCCGGACACGGCGAAAGAAAUAUACUUUCAGAAAUAUUAUACGCCAUUUCAAGAACAACGGCCGUCAACUAAUGGAUAUAUUAAGCCUGUAUUGGUAACACAAGUACUUGGACUGGCUGGAACCAACUACAAUACACCUCCUCACGCUUUUAUGAGUCCAGAUCCCACUAGAGAUACACCUUCUGUGGAUAGCAGCUAUGCCGGAUCUGUGGCCACCACCGCUACCGCACCUCAGUUAGGCAUGGACUACUUGGAUCAGUUGGACGACAACAGUUACGCAGCUCUCGGCCUCAAUAACGAUUUCGAUCUCAUGAUGAAUUACGGCAAAUAAAAAACAGAAAGAUAAGUUAGGAAGGUAUUGUUGUUUUUUAAUUCCACGAUCUACGAGAGUUUCUGUUACUUGAAGGGAUACUGUGGCAGCUAGUAGUAGGUUUUUUUUAAUAAAAUUGAGCCAUAUAUGUGUAAUUAAAAUGCCAUUAUACAAUUUAGGGUGAAACAUUUGACGUUUCAACAAAAAACAUUAAUUUUACCUCAAAACGCCCUUCUUUGAAAAACAAAGCUGGAGCAAUAUUGCGAAUGCUGCAUCAUUCUUAUAAGAUGAUUAUAAUGAUGAUUCUUAUAAGAAUGAUGCAGCAUUCGCAAUAUUGCUCCAGCUUUGUUUUUCAAAGAAGGGCUACGCUGCGGCGGUCUCGGAGAUCAGGUGUUGUAGCUGACAAAAGAGAUAAAAGUUGAUACAUUUCUUUGCGGUAUUGCCGGAUUUUGCAUCAAAAUUUCAAACCGCACAAGUAGGCGUUUAUGAAAAAUGAUGCAUCUACGAUUGGAACACAUUUACCUACAAACGUAAAAACCGGCAACACUGUAUGCUUUUUAUUUUGUCUCUCUGUCUGUCAACUGGUCAUUUAUAUUUAUCUCUGUUGCAUGCAUUAAAUACAGAUGUUGUUUUUACACGAUCAGAGAAGAACAAUCGUAGAGAAACGACAAAAACCGUCGGCGUCGGCACUAUUGAAGUGAGGGGGACCAAGUUUUGUGACCUUCAAAUUGGCAUAUUUGAGAGAUCGCCGGUUUCUAGCUACUCUGAGAGAAAUUCAAUGAAGGCAAAAGAAAUGAAAAAAGCUAUAAACUUCAUUUAGGAAUCAUAUUGAAUAGUAACUAUCUUUUAAGAUUUAACACGGGUUUCCGCGGUUUGUGGAUUUACCGCGUUCUAAUCAUUUUCUAACCUAUUCCUUUUAGAGGGACAUUUUCGAAUCGUAUCUGAUAAUAUUGUUUGUUUCGAAAUUAAUAUCUGAAAGUGUAUUUUUUAAUUAAAAUUAUAAAUAAAACAAUUUUAAGACAAUUUCGAAUAUUUAUCAGCUGUUAUCACAAGAGUUAAAACAAACCAAAAAGUAAAUAACAUAAUUAGAGUUGAGGGUUGGAACCGGGGUGUUACAACAGCAAAAUAAAACACUAAUUUACCGUAAUACCCUAAAACACUUUACUUCUGCAGUGCAUCAGCAGAUGAUUAAAACUAUGUAACUGUAUAUUAAAAAAUCAUAGUUUACAUAAAAAAACAUAUUACAUUAAUUUAAAGAUAACACAAUUUAAAUUAGCGUCGCUAAUAUAUUAUAUUCGCGAUAAAAUAUUAUUUAAUUUUCUAAUACAGAGUUUAAAUUUUCUAAUUAUUUUUUAUUAAACGCUAACAACCUGCACCUAUUUUAAGUUUUAAUAAUAUUUAGUUCUGAAAAUUAGUUCUUUCUUUAAGUAAUACUGUAUGAUCGAAUAAAAACGGCGUCAACGAUGGCUAUGAAAUGAAGAUCGCUGUCAUUUUAUAUGUAAAAUUAUAUGGGAAAUGUCAUCGAUCGUCAUUUCCAAGCCAACCGGACGCCGUUUUUUUUCGAUCAUACGGUAUUAUAAGGUAAGGAUAAAAUAUAGAUUAAUUAAUUCAAAAAGGUUAAUUAUGUACACAAAUAAAAAAACAGUAAGAUUUCAGGACUUUAUCGUUAACAAUGGCAACGCUGGCCGUAUUCCGAAAACACGUUGAGAUGACAGUUAGCGGGUUUACCUCCCACUCCAAAUUUUUAGGCGGGAUUCAUUUUGUCGCUUCUCUACGAUUGUUCUUCUCUGACACCAUUUCAACUUUGAGCGUCUUGAUGGAUCGUGUGUCGCCAUAUUCAUAAAAGUUAUAGUUAUUCUAAUGUAACUUGGAACUAUUACCUUGGUAUAUUAUCAAUGUAUUUAAAUUAAUUUAUAUAAUCUGGGAAAAUAAAACGAUAUAGAAUUAUUCUAAUAGGAAUAUAGUAUAUGCGCAAACUUUUUAUUAAUUUCAAGAACACUAUCUGCAUUAUUAAACAUAAAAAAAUAAUUUUGAAAAUAAAUUUUAUGUGUCGAUUUAAUGGUAUUUUUUCUAUAUUCUCAGAUAUAGAAAAAUAGAAAUAUUUGUCUGCUGGCACUCGCUUAUGUCGUCUCAGUGUUGUCACUAAUUGACUAAUAUUAAGUUUUAAGAUGACACGAUUUUUAAGUGCAGUAACUGGUAGUUUAAAUAAAGUGAAACUAUAUUUACAUAAAUUCGGGAGGAUAUUUUCAGACUUAGUUUUUAUCAAAUAUUAGGAGUUUGUCAAAAUUGAAUGUUAACAUGUUGUUAGAAUUAGUGUUGAAAUUUUAUCUCUAUCUUAGAAACUAAAAGUAUAUUUACAUGAUCCUGAAGAAUAUAUUUAUUAAAUAGAAUUAUACCUAUAUACAAGUUAGGACGCCUUAAAGUAGAUAAUGAUACGGCUGUUGUAGUGCCUAUACUUAAUUAGAUUUGUUUAUAUAUUUGUCUGUGAUUUUCAUAUACAAGAAUAAGCUGUUUAAAGUUUUAAAGCUUUGUUGUGUUUUUGCCGACACAAAAUAAUUCGUUAUAUAAAUUCAAUGUAAACUUUUAGGUUAUGUCAUAUUUGAAUGAAUGAAUUUCUUUAUCUGUCAAAGUCUAACUGUGCUCGAUAAUAUACCACAUGAUAAAAAAAAACCGCAUUAGCGAUAGCUAUUAAACGAAGAUCGCUUUCAUUUUAUAUGUAAAAUUAUAUGGGAACUGUCA